AUGGUUAUAAUGAACGGGGACGGAGAUAAAUACAAAAUUUUAGAAAAUAAAGGGCUCCGCCUUGCACAACACAUAUAUACAUCAAUGGCUUCCGGUAAGAAAACUUUCGUUUUCAAUGAAGUUUCCACGCACAACAAAACCAAAGACUGUUGGCUUAUUAUCGAGGGAAAGGUUUAUGAUGUAACACCAUUUAUGGAAGACCACCCUGGAGGUGAUGAAGUUCUCCUAGCAGCAACUGGGAAGGAUGCAACGAGUGAUUUUGAGGAUGUUGGGCAUAGUGAUGAUGCACGAGGGAUGAUGGACAAAUAUUACAUUGGUGAGAUAGACAGGUCAACUGUUCCUUUGAAACGUGUUUUUAUUGGCAAGGAAAGGAACUACAACCCUGACGACACUUCAGCAGUCAUCAUCAAGAUAUUACAGUUUCUGGUGCCUCUACUCAUCUUGGCCUUGGCUUUUGCUGUCAGAUCCUACACCAAAGACAACUCCGCCUCCGCUUGAACCACACCACAGAAAUAAUUACAUCACAUUUUUCUUGUUUUUAACACACACACACACACACACACACACACACA